AUGAUUUUGGAUAUGACGCCGACGCCUCGAGGAGUGUUCUCCAAAUAUGUGACGCCCAAUCCGGCAACGUUUUGUUUUGAUCAAACAGCUGGUUAUUUUGUUGAUCCUGAGACGAAGUUCUACUAUGAUCAAAAGACUGGUUACUAUUACAACAACGAAACGCGGAAAUGGUGCACAUGGGAUGCUACCUACAGCACCUAUUUCCCGAUAGAAGAGCCUCCGGCUGAAAGUAGCUCAACUGCGAGCACAAGUGCUCAACCUGCUAGCGCCCAACCUGCUGAAGCUGCUCCGCCAGCGGAGGAGAAAAAAGAGGAAAAACAAGAUGAUGCGCCGAAAAGCGCGAAAGACAUCGCCAAAGAAAUGAUGAAAUGGGCAAAAAAGCAAGAAAAGCAGAGUAAAGUCCAGAUGUCCCUGAAGCCAUUAGUUAAGCCGUUAGAGACUAAAAGUGCAUUUGAGAGAGGUCAAACUGGUGCAGCUAAUAUUGUACAUAAAAUGCUGGAGAAGAGUAAGGAAUCUCUUAAGUUGUCCAACGUGAGCGACUCAGACGAAGAAGAAGAUGGCUCUGGAGAUGAGAAGAAGCCAAUUGAAGCUGCUGAAGGUGAGCUUAUUGAAGAAGAACGUACAGAAACUCCAGAAGCUCCGGUUCCACCCCGCCGUCAUCUGCCAACAGCGCAAGAGCAUAGGGAAAUGAUGGAACGUGCGUUGGUAGACGAGCCAAAGAAGAUGUGCCUCCUCUGCAAACGAGCAUUUCCUAGUGUUGAUGUUUUGAGGAAACAUAUAGAGAAAAGCGAUUUGCAUAAGAAGAAUCUUGAGGAAAAACGGGUUGAGUGGGGCCGUCAGUAUGUGGCAGCCAUGAUGGAAAGGGAUGAUGAAGAAGCGAAGGCUCUCGCAGCUGCUGCAGAAACCUGA